AGCGACCUGAGUUUAUCUGCUUCUUCAAAGUUGCUUUUGGCCUUGGGCUGGCAUGUGUCGUUCUUCCUUUUGCGGCCCUCUCCUUUAUUGCAUGUUCCGGCGAAGCACACAUGAGCAUCCCUGAACGACUUUAUGACUUUUGUUUUUUUUCUCUUCUUCCUUUUCUGCAAGCUUCUCCAGUGGGACAGCAGGCAGGUGCAUGCAUAGCUACCUAUGGUUUGAGGGUUAGUUGCUUCUUCGGCGUCUUUCGUUUUCGAGUUCUUCAGAGAUACGGGAGUAAUGACCAGCGUGGCUGGCUAGAGAAAAGGGCGGAACAGACGUGGUUUUUCAAUAGAGCUUUCGACGGCACUUUAUGGGCACUGUCAACGGCGGAUUUACUAGUAGAGCUUCCAUGGGGAUGUUGCUAAUAGGCGGUUAAAGGGAUCAAGAGAAGAAGAACUUCGGGUUUGCAAUCACCUCACAGGUCAUGGACGGGACAC